GUCCGUGUAUCAGUAUGCAGCGCAAUACGGUAGACAGCAGAACUACACGAACGACGACGACGACGCGGUGUUGAGACCAGCAGCCAGCCAGUCACGGUCUCCGGUGCCAGAAAGUCACAAGUGUCUUCCUAUUGAGGUGUGUAAUCCGCGCGCGAAUUUCCAUUUCCGUUUCCGCCGUCAGCCGGCUGCAUCCAAUUGGAAUCCUGCACAAUAAAAAAAAAUCUAAUCCUAGUAGCCCAGAUGAUAGCUGUGCGCGUAGUUGUAGGCCUGUAGACUGAGCUUGUGUGGGUGAUCCAAAGAAGGUCCCGAAAAAAAAAAACGGAACAGUGCUGUCUGUAGGUACUGACCAAGUGACACCACGUUGUUUGGUUAGGUCGUUGUUUGCCGUGCUCUUAUCAGACUCGUUGAUAAGAUUGUCAACAAGAAAAAAACCUUUGUUCUUGCCGCCCGUGUGUCGUACAUGUGUGAGAAAGGGCAUGCGCGUGGUGAAUGUAAACAAUUAGCUGUUACAUGCCGGUGCAAAUAGACCUUGGAGGUGCGUUUGAAAUCCUGGCGCUUCGUAACGUGCUCACGAAGUCAGCCCGAAGAUUGACGAACCAUUAAGUGAGUGUAAAGAGGAUUGCAUUAUUCAACGGCGCUUGUUCGUUUCGCUGAUGAGAUCAUAACUUCGAAUGAGCGCUCUACAAGGUGAUUAAUAUCAAUCAAUUUGUGGUUUGUUUAAUCCCGGCUUGAUAAAUACACAAGCGCACCGAGCCGUGGUCGGUGAUAGAUGUUAUUGGAAACCGACGGCCGCCAAGCGACGAUCGUGAUGGAGCAAUCGAAUGAGUCAGCCGCCGCAGCAACUGCGUCGGCGGCGGCCAAUAAUGUACCGCGAAGCUCGCAGCCAGGCGAUUUUGCAACUGCCGCCGCGGUCGUGCUUUCACUUCAGAGCACCAUGGUUACCAGUUUACAGCAGGCGGCCCUGAUGCCAGCCAAUUCUGCAGCUGCAGCUGCUUUCAACCUUCAGGCGCUGGAAUCAUAUCUCACCCUACAAAGAAUAACCGGAAAAUCGGACGUGCUUCGCCUGUCCAACCGAGCACCGUUGCCCUCGAUGCCUCUGACCUCAGCGUCAUCGACCAUCACCUCGGCCGCUGCCAGCACGGCGGACGAUAUGCUGAUGGACACGCAACCGGCCUCGAUGCAGCAGCUGCUUCAGAACAAUGACCUCUCCGAUGAACUUCCGGUUCUCGAUCAGGACGAUGAUCUCAACUUCGAUGAUCCCAUGCACGACUCAACGUCCGACGGCAAUUCACUCGACACGGGUUACCCUAGCCUAGUUCUUAACGCAGCCUUUCACCAGCAAAUGAGUGCCGACAAGUUUAAAACUCUGGCAGCUACGUCAUCAUCAACAUCAACACCGAGUUCUGCUGCGGCCGCCGUUGUUGCAGCCGCCGCUAGUCUAGUUGCAAGUUCUGCUGCUGCGUCGAAAAAGUGUACAACCACGUCAACGGUCACGGUUACGGCCAAUCAACAGCAGCCACCCUCGGGAAUGGUGGUGACAGCAGCCACCACCGCCGGUCAGAGGCCAAAAAAGCAAUUCAUUUGUCAGUUUUGUAAACGGCAAUUCACGAAAUCCUACAAUCUGCUGAUCCAUGAGCGAACCCACACCGACGAGCGGCCAUAUUCGUGUGACAUCUGCGGUAAAGCUUUCCGCCGGCAGGACCAUCUCCGGGAUCAUAGAUACAUCCACUCCAAGGAGAAACCCUUCAAAUGCCUGGAAUGCGGAAAGGGAUUCUGCCAGUCGCGGACGCUGGCCGUGCACAAGAUACUACACAUGGAGGAAUCCCCCCACAAGUGUCCGGUUUGCAGCCGGAGUUUCAACCAGCGAUCGAACCUGAAGACGCACCUGCUUACCCACACGGACAUUAAACCGUACCACUGUGCGGCCUGUGGUAAGGUAUUUCGGCGGAACUGUGAUCUACGGAGGCACAGUCUUACGCACAACCUAGGGGCCAGCGGAACCGUUGGACCCGACGGGCAGUUGGAUCUGAGCGGAAGUUCCUCGAUGGGUGCCAGUGACACCGAAGCUAACACCAUCGAUCUGAUGGCGCUGGCGGGCGUUGAUUAGAGUGUAGGUUGUAUCUGAGUGGUAUGGCGCGCGUGCCCUACUAUUUACUGCUAUUUGUUUCAUAAUUGCAAAUGUUGACAUUUAGUGAGAUAGGUUUGUUUAGUUUGUACACAAUAUUGAAAUGGAAAAAAAUGAAGAGCGUUGAAUUUAUUUUUGCUAGCUUAUUUAAAAUGUGAUGAAAAUAUGAGUACUUCUUGUAGAACAAAGCUAAGAAACUAUGUUAUUUUUUGAGAGCAAGUACUUUGAACUGCAUUAUCCUUAAUAAGUUUUCGUAUCAACAGCUAGAAGCUAAAACAUUAGUUGCUUCAUUUCUGAAACACGACGCCCCGCUUACGAGACAGUUAAUCGGAAUAUGUUAGAUAGAAAUAAGUUUAAUUUUACCUAAGUGGAAUAAUAUAAAGAAUACAGCUUGUUAUUGGCGGCGUUUAAGAUAGAUACCCGAUACAGUGUAUAAUAACGUAUAAAUGUAGAUAAUUUCAUGUCAAAUCAAACAAUGAAAAUUUAAAAUAAAUAAUUAUUUAAAAAUGGUGAUGCCCUGAUGCAGACGAACAGCCAUAACAAAAAUACAAACCUAUCAGCUUACUUUCGUUACAUAUUUUACUUCCUAGAGAACUUUCUGUUCUAGUUCCUGUUCCAUAGACAAUUAUGUGAUCGGUUGAGUUUGUCGUCCCUAAAAAGGAAUAUAAAGGCUCCUGGUGAGGUUUCUGUAGGCUAGCAAAAUGUCGGAUUUAAUGAUUAUGAUGGAGACAGUGUGAGUGAUAUGUCUGCUUGUCUAUGCUAAUUUUGUAACGUAUCUGAGAAAGAAAAAUGAUUUGACUUCAUAAGAAACCGUGUGUGCGCUCCACAGUCAUGGGAAUGAUAAA